AACACGAGUAUUUUCAUUUGUACAGAAGACCAGUUGAAGACCUCAUGUACUCCUCCAGGUUAAUAGAAUCCGCGUCAGGCGCGCAGAAAUUUCAGCUCCAGUGCAAAGGACUUAAUGGAUUGGGUCCUGAGUGGGUACCCUUACAACAGGAUUGGAGUAAUCGCUGGUGUACACUCACCGAAAGAUUUACGGAAGAGUUUGUGAAGCGAAUCCAUGACUUUAAAACGCGAAGCAGUGAUGUGUUUGUGGUGACAUUUAUAAAGUCCGGUACGACAUGGAUGCAGGAAUUGGCUUGGCUUUUGCUUAAUCAAAUAGACUUAAAUGGAGCUCGAAACAGUGAUUUAUUGCAGCGGAGUCCUUUUCUAGAAGAGUCUGGACUUCAUCCUGUGGCUUUGGAUUCCAUAGCAACUUGCGAUAAAAUUCAAUCCAAUCCUCGAUUGAUAAAAUCCCAUUUGCCAGCGCAACUGUUGCCCCAAGAGAUCUGGACCCAAGAUCGAAAAGUUAUCUACGUUGCUCGGAAUCCGAGGGAUGUUGUGGUUUCCACGUUUCACUAUUUCACUGGCCUGAAGAUCUCGAAUUGCAGCUUGGACGACUUCGUGGAUUACUUCAUUGCGGAUAAGGUGGUAUUUACCACAUACUGGACCCAUGUUAUCGAUUUUUAUAGAAUGCGCAAUGAGGAGAAUGUCUUCUUUGUUACCUAUGAGGAAAUGAAACGAGAUCUGGAAAAUGUGGUCAGGAGACUAUCUCGAUUCUUGGGUUGCCAACAGCUAAGCGAUAGUGAAAUGGAAAAGCUGGUAAACCACUUAAGUUUCAAGAACAUGAAAGGAAGCAAUUUUGUCAACUAUACUGCCUUGCAAGAAUAUACUAAUUUGAACGAUAACUUUCAAUUUAUGCGCCGUGGAAUCGUUGGCUCUUACAAGGAUGAGUUAAGUUCUGAUUCUCAGAACAAAAUCAAUAAAUGGACAGAAAGCUUUUUGCAAGAAUACGGAAUUGCAGAAUCUGAUAUUUUUGGCCACCUAUAAGUUUAGUGUUCUGUUAUUUGUGCUUAAAAAUGUUACUCAGAAUUAAAUAAUAAAUUUCUUUUAUAACCGUGGACGGCCGCCCACGUAGUGACGAUGAGCAACGAAAAGUGUGAUUUUU